AUGAGCGACGACGACACAUUGGGUCCAUCCUCGAAACAAUGGCCGAUAUCCACUUUACUUAUCGACCAAGCUCGAGUUGAUGAUUCAGUACGAUCGAGUGGCUAUCCUGGUGCUGGCACGACAGAAGAUCCCUUCAUUGUUGAUUGGGUCAUCAAUGAUGGUGGAAACCCCCUCAACUGGUCAAAGUCCCGCAAAUGGGCCAUGACCAUGUCUUCGGCAUUGACUUGCUUUGUUGUGGCUUUUGGUUCAAGCGCAUACACGGGUGUAAUGACGGAACUCAUGAUCAACUUCAAAGCCGACAACCUCUUGAUAACAGGAGGCGUUUCACUCUAUGUCCUCGGUUUCGCCCUCGGCCCUCUCCUCUGGGCACCCCUUUCCGAAAUAUAUGGCCGGCAAUAUGUUUUUAUCGGAAGUUAUCUGGCAUUUGUUGUGUUCUGCGCGGCCACCACGGCGGACUACAACGUCGCUUCUCUCUUGGUCUUCAGAUUCUUUGCUGGAGCCUUUGGAUCAGGACCGUUGACGAACGCGGGUGGUGUCAUCUCCGAUCUCUUCUAUGCUGACGAUAGAAGUAUUGCCAUCGGAGUCUUCUCGCUUGCUCCCGCCAUGGGCCCGACCUUUGGCCCUUUUAUUGGCGGUUAUCUUGGAACCAAGGCGGGCUGGAGAUGGGUAAUGGGGCUUGUGGCGAUUCUGGCUGGAGUUUCUUGGAUCAUCAAUGUCAUCGUCGUUCCUGAGACAUACGCACCAGUGCUUCUCAAAAGACGCAGCGAGAAGCUUUCCAAAGACACAGGCAAAAUCUACAAAACCGCCAUCGACAUACAGAACGGUGGCUCCUCGUCUACCAAGGUACUUAUCACAUCCCUGCUCCGCCCCUGCGAGCUUCUGGUCGUGGAACCCAUUGUACUGUUCCUCGCCAUCUACACCGCGGUAGUCUAUGGAGUCUUGUACAUGCUUUUCGGAGCGUACCCCGUCGUAUUUCAGCUUGAAAGAGGCUGGUCUCCCGGAAAGGGUGGCCUCCCGUUCCUCGGAAUUGCUGUCGGUAUGUUUGCUGCCGUGCCAUCCGUGUUGGUCAUCAACAAAUGGUAUGUGAAGGAGGCUGCAAAGACAUCAAAUGGCUUGCUCGAGCCCGAAGCUCGUCUCAUUGGAGGUAUUAUUGGAGGCAUCACUGUUCCCAUCGGCAUGUUCUGGUUUGCUUGGACAACCUACGAGUCCAUCCAUUGGAUUUGCCCUGUCGCUGCCGGUAUCCCAUUCGGAUUCGGAAUGACCCUUAUUUUCCAGUCUGUUUUCGCCUAUCUCGCCGAUGCCUACGGUAUAUAUUCCGCCUCGGCCCUGGCUGCCAACACAGUGCUCCGAUCUCUAUUCGGCGCAGGAUUCCCUAUGUUCACUAAGAAAAUGUACGAAAACCUCGGUACGCAAUGGGCGAGCUCGGUGCCGGGAUUUCUGGGAGUUGCCUGCAUCCCUGUGCCUGUGGUGCUUUAUAUAUACGGGCAGAAGAUCCGCCAGAAGUGCAAGUAUGCGUCCCAGACAGUGGGUAAAUCUGGUUAA